GAGCACGUGUGUUACGCUCGGCAACAUGGCGGAGCAGCGACAAGCGGCGGAGGAGAAGAACACAAACACACACACACCGGCGGACAUGGAGGAGACAAACACACACACACCGGCGGACACGGAGGAGACAAACACAAACACACACACCGAGGAGACACUCAUCGAGGAGACGGAGACAACCGGGGAGAUACACACGAGCUUCAAAGAACUGGGUGUCACUGAGGUCCUCUGUGAAGCUUGUGAUCAGCUUGGAUGGAAGAAACCGACCAAGAUCCAGAUCGAGGCCAUUCCUGUUGCUCUGCAAGGGCGUGAUGUGAUCGGUCUGGCAGAGACGGGUUCGGGUAAGACGGGAGCAUUCGCAGUGCCGGUGCUGCAGAGUCUGCUGGCGUGUGCGCAGCGUCUACACACACUCGUGCUGACGCCCACACGAGAGCUCGCCUUCCAGAUCGCAGAGCAGUUCGACGCACUAGGGUCCAGCAUCGGCGUCAAGACCGGUAACACACACACACACACACACACACACACACACACACACACACACACACACCUGCCCCUCCAUACACUCACACACACAUAAUGACACUAUAGCCUGCGCCGCUGCAAACACGUGUGUGUGUGUGUGUGUGUGUUUUAGGUGGACAAAAUACUGAAGGUGAUCCCGCGUGACAGACGCACAUUCCUGUUCUCAGCCACCAUGACAAAGAAGGUGCAGAAGCUCCAGCGUGCAGCUCUGCAGGACCCAGUGAAAUGCUCCGUCUCCAGCAAAUACGCCACAGUGGACAAACUGCAGCAGUUCUACAUCUUCAUCCCCUCCAAAUAUAAGGACUGUUAUCUGGUCUCCAUCCUGAACGAGCUGGCGGGAAACUCCUUCAUGGUGUUCUGCGGCACCUGCAACAACACCCAGCGUGUGGCGCUGCUGCUGCGCAACCUGGGCAUCACCGCCAUCCCUCUGCACGGCCAGAUGAGCCAGAACAAGCGUCUCGGUGCCCUCAACAAGUUUAAGUCGAAGUCCCGCUCGGUGCUGCUGGCAACGGAUGUUGCGUCACGAGGACUCGACAUCCCACACGUGGACUGCGUCAUCAACUUCGACAUUCCCACACACUCCAAGGAUUAUAUCCACCGUGUGGGCCGCACCGCCAGAGCAGGGAGGUCUGGGAAGUCCAUCACGUUCGUCACACAGUAUGAUGUGGAGCUCUUCCAGCGGAUUGAAGCGCUGAUUGGCAAGAAACUUCCUGCUUUCCCGACACAGGAAGAGGAAGUGAUGAUGCUGGUGGAGCGAGUGAGCGAAGCGCAGCGGUUCGCACGGAUAGAAAUGAAGGAGAGCUCUGAGAAGAGGAAGCGGCCGAGUGCAGCACAGGAAGUGGAUGAAGACGGUGAGCAGUCGAGUGGCGUGAGGAAGAAGGUGAAGGGUGGAGGGUUUAGACGGCCCUCCAGACGUGGACGCUGACCUCUGAGCCCCCUCUGAUGACCUCUGACCCCCCCCUCUGAUGACCUCUGACCCUCCUCUUCUCAUUGUAAUAAAGUGCUGCUGUUUUCCUUA